UCCCCGUCGCCGGCCUCCCGGAGUGCCUGAAGCUUUGCUGUCCCCCGCCCGCCUAGAGCCCGGCGCUCCGCAGGGGCGCGAUGAGCGUGGCGGCGACCCCGCGCUGCUCGAGGCUGCCAAAUCCCCAUGUCUCAUCCAGAUAUGCUGAUUGUCAAUCUCCAAACCACGAGGACUUGACUCCUCUGCCUUCUAUCAGUGAGCGCUUGGCCCGUCUCCAUCCUUCCCGGGAGUUGCUGGAAUACUACCGCAAGAAGAUUGCUGACUUUGAUGAGGAACAGGAGGAUUUGGUAAAAAGGCUGGAGAGGUACAAAGAAACGUAUGAUGAUCAGCACAAGUUGCAAUGGGAAGUCCGUCAGCUGGAAGAGGAGAUUUCAAAGUUACAGAAGGCUUUGAGUGAUAUGCAAGUCUACCUCUUCCAGGAGAGGGAACAUGUCCUUCGUCUUCACUCAGAGAACGACCGGCUGAAAAUCAGGGAAUUGGAGGAUAGAAAAAAAAUUCAGCAUCUACUGACUGUAAUGGGAGCAGAUGAGGAAGUUACAUAUUUUCACAAGGAGCCUCCACAUAAGGUUACUGUUCUGCAAAGGCCAGCAGAGUCAUGUGAACAAGAUGAUGCUUCUAACCCAGGUAUCGAGAGGAACACUUCAAAAGAAACUGCGCAAAGAGAAAAAACAGAAAGUCCUGAGAGAUACCAGAGUGAUAGUCAAACACUUCUACUACAGGUCCAGGCCUUGCAAGCUCAGAUAGAAGAACAGACACGAUUAUCCAAAGAACAGAUCGAGGCACUACUAGAGGACAGGCGAAUUCACGUGGAGGAAGCUGAGGUCCAGCAUCAGAGGGACCAGGAGAAGAUCAAAGCUGUAACAGAUAAGCUCCAAAAGACCCAAAAUCUCUUAUAUGAGAGUACUCGUGACUAUCUCCAGCUCAAGUUUGAUGCCAGAGCCAAUGAGAAAGCAUGGAUGGCAGAGAAGGACUGUCUCUUGAGGCAACUUGGCAGAAAUCUGGAUCAACUUGUGUUCAGCACUGAGUCAGGACAAAAGAAGCAUAAAGGUACCAAGAAGAUGCUUCGAGCAGAUGAUGGAGCUUCAAAACUCCAAAGCAAAGAAAUAAAGUCACUGCAGGAAAAGCUAAUGCAGGAACAACACCUAUCACACAUGUACAGAGAGCAGUGUGUCGCCCUGGAAGGCGAGCUGGCUAAGAUUCGUGAGGAGAGAGAUGCUGGCAAAGAACUCUUUAAGGAACGCUCAGAAAAGAUGGGGAAGCGCCUGAAGCUGAUGACUCAGCGAUGUGAGGCCCUGGAACAACGUCGUAAUAUGGAAGUAGAAGGCUUCAAGAAUGACAUUAAACAGCUUCAGCAGAAACUGAAAGAUGUAGAGAGGCAGAUUUACAAGGUAGCAGUGACUCUGAAUAUGGGACCAGGCCAGGAUAUUGCAGUUUUACGCGAGGUCCGCCAAGGAAACAGACUAACACGUAAAAUUCAAGGAGAGCUAAAAGACUUAAAAGCAAAAAUCUACUGUUUAGAGAAUGAGCUACGGAUCUGCUGAGGCUGAACUGUUAGCUGACAUCCUAGUUUUAUCAAUGAGACACUGCUAAGUGGAAUGCAAGAGCAGCUCCUGCUUGUCUGUUUCCUGGCAUCCAUCAACAGAAGGUUUGAGGAAAUCUGCAGUUUAUGUCAUAACAGCAUACAUGAGUCGUUCCCAGAGUGCCAGAUUAUAAGGCUGUUUCAGCUGAGACAUGGCACCUGAUAAGACUGACAUAGAGAGUACAUGAUGACUGAUACAUCA